CGGCCCUCAUCCAGACCUGGCUGCAACGGAAACUCCCUUGGUAGUUUAAGACACACAAUACAAUGAGCACAUACACGCAGACCACCCUCGUCGCCGGCGCCUCUCGAGGUAUCGGCAAGGGCCUUGUUGAACAUCUUGCCAAAGACCCUUCGCAUUUCGUCAUUGGCACCGUGCGCGGCUCGAGCAGUCCCUUUGAUGCCGCCAACAUCAAGACGAUCCAGCUGGACCAAGGUGUGGCUGAAUCAGUAACAGCCGCCGCCAAAGAUAUCGAGCCCAUCGACACGCUCAUUGUUAAUGGCGCCAUUGGCCUCGACGAGAAGCUGCUCACAGUAUCAGAAGAGCGCUUGCAGGAGUACCUCAACAUCAAUGUGGUUGGCGUUCUGCGGAUCGUCCGCGCAUUCCUGCCCGGCCUGCGCGCUGGCAAGCUCAAGCAGAUUGUGCUCAUCUCGUCCACGUCUGGCUCGAUUACACGCCAGGUCAACGCCAAGAGCGGCUUCACCGGACCGUACGCCGUGACCAAGGCCGCUGUCAACAUGAUUGCUGUCCAGCUGCACAACGAGCUCAGCGAAUCCGGGGGCUUCACCGUUAUACCAGUUCAUCCGGGGUGGGUUUCGACCGACAUGGGCAACUCGUCCCGCGCGGGAGGAAUGCCCGUCUCCGACAGCGUCGAGGGCAUUAUUAAAGUUAUCAACGGCCUUACAAUCGAUAAAUCGGCGACGUUCUAUGAGUAUAGCGGCGAAGAGCUGCCUUGGUGAUGCUGUGUUCGGUGGUGGCUGGAUACGAAGCGUCAAUUGGGGGGGACUCUUUCUAGAAUUAGAAAAGCUGCACGUGGCAGCCGAUAUAUUACAUGGAUUAAAUAAUAUGGAUCCCUUUGUCUGUG